AUGAACAAGAGAGACAAAGUCGUGGAGCUCGCGCGCUACUUUGCUAACGAGCUCGGGUACCGGGUGCCAACGGCGACGCGGCUCGAGGCUCGGGAAAGCCUCCGUGCACUACUGACGGUUCGUCCGCCGGGGCCGGUGAACGACGACGAGAUGCAGGCGGCGCUGGACGAUCUGCUCCGGGCCGAGGUGGAAGCACGCGGCAUUGUGCAGCCACGCGCGGCUGCCGGCAAGACGCAGGUCGGAUUAAUGGGACUCUGGCGCGGCGACAUCCGGCUUGUGGCCGCCGACGUGGUGGUCAACCCAGCCAACUCGGCGCUGCUCGGGUGCUUCCGUCCGGAGCACAAGUGCGUGGACAACAUCCUACAUGCUGCAGGCGGGCCGGCCAUCCGUGCCGAGUGUGCAGAGCGCCGCGCGCAUGGCGAUGCCGAGCCAGUCGGCUCGGCCCUGCUCACUACCGCCGGCGUGCUGCCGGCGCAGUACAUGGCGCACACAGUCGGUCCGCAGAUCAGCGGGCCGGUGACGGCCGCCAACGAGGCCGGCCUUGCCGCGUGCUACACCUCGGUCCUCGACGCUGCUGCAGCCGUUGACGCGGCGUCGGUCGCCUUUCCCUGCAUCUCCACCGGCCUCUUUGCCUUUCCCAAGCGCCGCGCCGCCGAGAUCGCGGUCGCCACGGUCUCGGACUGGCUCGCUGCCCGCAAGGUGCGCGACGCGCCGGACAUCUUUGUUCUCUUUGUGGCGUACACUGACGAUGACGAGGCCGGGCUUGCUGCUGCGCUUGGGCUCGAGUCUUCGACAACGGAAGCCGCCGCCGCUGCCCGAACCGAGGCCAUCGUCGCGCGAGUCGCCGCCGCGCUCGCCGCCGCCGACGGGGUCCUCGUCACGUGUGGUGCAGGGCUCUCGGCCGCUGCUGGCGUCGACUACACCUCUGCGGAAGUCCACGCCCGCUUCUUCCCUGACAUGGUUGCCCGCGGUUACACCAACAUGUACCAGUACAUCGGCGGCGCGCCGCGCGAUCCGGCGGUCAAGUGGGGCUACUUGGCGCGUCAGGUCAAGGAAGUUCGGUUUGGCACCGACAUGAUAGUUCACGACACAUACGAUCGCCUGCGUACACUCGUGGGCGACCUUCCGUAUUUUUGCCUCACCUCCAACGUCGACGGCCUUCUGCACCGACUCGGCCACUUUGACCCGCGGCGGGUUGUCGAGCGCCAGGGCAGCUACGCGCUGAUGCAGUGUCUCGAGUCUGAGUGCAGCUCCGAGCCGUGGCCAUCCGAGCCGGAGCUCGAUCGCCUGCGAGCAAGCCUAGCCGACGACGGCACUACGUCGGCGCCGCCGCCGGUCUGCCCAGUCUGCGGCUCGGAAAACGUCUUCCUCAACGUCCGCGGCGGCGCGUGGUUCGACGAACGCCCGCGUGAGGCAGCCGAGGCAGAUCUCGCCGCCUUUCUGGACGGCUUUGCCGUUGACGACAAUCUGAUUGUUCUCGAGAUUGGCGUCGGCUACAACACCCCGACCGUCAUCCGCCGGCCGAACGAGCAGCUUGUAGCCCGUCAGCGAGGCGCCACCCUCAUCCGGAUCAACACCGACCACGCGCACGCGCCCGAAGCCAUCGAGUCGCAGACCGUCCUUGUCCCGAUGGACGCCAACGCCUUUCUGCGCGCCAUUGCCGAGACUACUCAAGCAGCCACCGAGUAAAUGUGUCACUGCGCC